AUCUUUUCUAUUAUGGAUCCUGCUAUCGAAUAUACGUCCGUCCCGCCCUUGUCGGGGUACGAAGUUUAAAAGAGGAAGUGGUCGUCCCUCGGCUGAUACCAACUACAACGUUCUUUCGCGUCCACAUUACCAUCUAAUGACCUCUUAAAUACUGGAUGUUCAGGGAAAGAAAUGAUCUUUUAUAUCCUCCUCUGCCUCGCCGCCACCCAAGGCACACACGCCUGGGGUGUUCUCGGCCACGCGACAGUCGCAUACAUUGCCCAGAACUACGUCAACAGCGAAGUCGCAAGUUGGGCUCAAGGUGUCCUCAGCAAUACGAAUGACUCGUAUCUAGCUGACAUCGCCUCAUGGGCAGAUGAGUACCGACUAACUUCGGCGGGCGCCUGGUCAGCACCUCUGCACUACAUAGAUGCCCAGGAUAAUCCCCCCUCCAGCUGCAAUGUCGAUUAUAACCGCGACUGCGGAUCUUCUGGCUGUUCGGUCAGUGCCAUAGCAAACUAUACACAGCGCGUUGGUGACGGGAGGUUGUCAAGCGAGCAUACUGCUGAGGCAUUGAAGUUUAUCGUGCAUUUUGUUGGCGAUAUAACGCAGCCGUUACACGAUGAAGCGUACGAGGUUGGCGGUAACGAGAUCAAGGUUACAUACCAGGGUUAUAGCGAUAACCUUCACGCGGACUGGGACACGUACAUGCCUGAGACGUUGAUUGGGGGCAGCAGCCUGAGCGAUGCGAAAACCUGGGCUGAUCAGUUGAUUAAAGAAAUCGACUCUGGCAACUAUGCGAGCCAGAAGGCUAGCUGGAUUGAUGGCGACGAUGUCAAGGACGCACAAACCACGGCGGCGCGGUGGGCUAGCGAUGGAAACUCUUAUGUGUGCACUGUGGUAAUGCCAAAUGGUGCCGCAGCGCUUGAAAAGGGCGAUUUGUACCCGACCUACUACAACAGCGCCAUCGGUACCAUCGAGCUUCAGAUAGCUAAGGGUGGCUACCGCCUGGCCAAUUGGCUGAAUAUGGUCUAUACUUCAGAGAUUGCAAGCAAAAAGCGGGCAACGAUAGCUGAGCGGAGAGAGGAAUCGGUGGAGCUCAGCCCAAGAGAUUUGUCACCAGAGCCAAGACAACUUAGCAAGGUACAACUGGCUAGAGCAGCUAUGGGAGGCAGUUGUGGGUGUGAGAAGCAUAGAUGAAAGCCAUGCUCCUUAUAAGACAAAGCCGUAUAUUAGCUACAAGGCAGAACAUAAACACUAUCUUGUCAGGAGGAAGCAUGAGUCCCAUUAUCGAGUACCUCGAGCUGAGUUGAGCAGUUGUCAGAAAAUGUCAGUUUUGUUUCCUAGAAAGCUUACUUGUCCAAACCAGAAUUUCUCGUUCGUGUAUAUGGUAUCAAGGCUCAAUGACAGUAACGGAGAG